UUUCUCCUCUCCGGAGCUGUCUCCACCGGCUCUCUGUCUCUUUAUUUAGUCUUUCCUGUUAUCUGGAAGCAGGGAAGGCGCCGUUCAGUGCAGGACAGAGGGAGGGUGGAAGGGUGAGUGUCAGACGGACUCGUGGACCGGUCACCCAUUCCACCCCCCGUCUCCCUGCUGCCUCUGAUAGAGCUGCACUGCAUCUUGUGGAUUUAUCUCUGCUGCUGCGUUGAGUGGUACCUGCGAGGACGAAGGGAAGCCUGAGCGGAGAGACAGCUCACCCUGACUCCCCCACCUGGCCUCCCACCCUCCAUCCAUCCAUCCAUCCAUCCAUCCAUCCAUCUGGACUGUGUGUGUGGAUGACCUCUGCUCCUCUGUAAAGUCGGUUCCUCAGCACCAUGAACAAGAUGAAAAACUUUAAGAGGCGUUUCUCGCUGUCGGUUCCUCGCACCGAGACCAUCGAGGAGAACGAGUUCACCGAGCAGAUCAACCAGCUCAACAUCCGGCACACUCAGGGCCUGACUCCAGACCGGCUGGGUCCUCCAUCCCAUGAUGCCAGCCCAGUGAGCCCUGAACCAACCACACCGGGAGCUCAGUCUCCAUCCCACCUCCACUUCCACAGCUCGGCCCAGCACAGACGUUUCUCCAUCGAGGAUGUCAGUAAGUGCAUGUCUCUGCCCAUGGACAUCCGUCUGCCUCCAGAAUUUCUGAAGAAGCUGCAGCUGGAGAGUGAAAACUCACCGCUUUGCAAACCUCACAGUCGCAUGUCUCGGCGUGCUUCUUUGUCUGACAUAGGUUUUGGGAAGCUGGAGACGUACGUGAAACUUGGCAAACUAGGUGAGGGGACUUACGCCACAGUGUUCAAAGGGCGAAGCAAACUAACAGAGAACCUGGUCGCACUGAAGGAAAUUCGGCUGGAGCAUGAGGAGGGAGCACCUUGUACCGCUAUCAGAGAGGUGUCUCUGCUGAAGAACCUGAAACACGCCAACAUUGUCACGCUGCACGACAUCAUCCACACUGAUCGCUGCCUCACUCUGGUGUUUGAGUAUCUCGACAGUGACCUCAAACAGUACCUGGACAACUGCGGGAAUCUCAUGAGCAUGCACAAUGUCAAGAUCUUCAUGUUCCAGCUGCUGCGUGGUCUGUCCUACUGUCACAAGAGGAAGAUCCUCCACAGAGACCUAAAGCCUCAGAACCUGCUCAUCAAUGACAAGGGCGAGCUCAAACUGGCCGACUUCGGUUUGGCAAGGGCCAAGUCCGUCCCCACCAAGACCUAUUCCAACGAGGUGGUAACUCUUUGGUAUCGGCCCCCUGAUGUGCUGCUGGGCUCUACAGAAUACUCCACGCCCAUCGACAUGUGGGGAGUCGGAUGUAUUCUGUAUGAAAUGGCAACAGGUCGUCCCUUGUUUCCUGGUGCCACCGUGAAGGAGGAGCUACAUCUGAUUUUUAGGCUCAUAGGCACUCCAACAGAAGAGACCUGGCCUGGUAUCAGCAGCAACACAGAGUUUAGGUCCUACCUCUUUCCUCAAUACAGACCUCAAGCUCUCCUCAACCAUGUACCCAGGUUGGACACCGAGGGGAUCGACCUACUAUCUGCUCUGCUGCUGUACGACACCAGGAGUAGAAUCUCCUCUGAAGCCGCUUUACGCCACCCCUACUUCCUGAGUAUGGGGGACAACAUCCACAAUUUGGCAGACACUGCUUCAGUAUUUUCCCUCAAAGAGGUGCAUCUCCAGAAGGAUCCAGGCCACCGCAGCUCAGUGUUCCAGCCUUUGGGUCGAGCAAAGAACCGAAGACAGAGCAUCUUCUAGAGGCCCCAAAGAGGAGGAGAAGAGAUGCACAAAAAGAAAGAGGAGCUCCACAGUCAUCGAGGCCACACAACUCAACACAACACACCCACCAUCCGUAUGCACACUCCUACAUUUACACACAAAUCAUGUGCACCCACUCAUUUCCAUGGCAGCUGACCACCAUGGAGACACACAAGGUUUCUGGAGACUAAUUCGUACUGUACUUGAAAUGCCGCAGCUGAAAUACACUCUUCCUCAACACACACAAACACACACACUCUUGCACACAUAUGCACAAUCAGCGAUACUGCACACGCUGCCGUUACUCCCAGUAUAAGGCAGAAGUAAGUACACCCCAGUGUAAUAUUGCAUAAAUGACAGUGAUUCAAAAUUGUAUCACUUCUAAAUAACUGCUUUAUUUUGAAGUUGUCAGGUCCAGUAUUUCCUCUUACACACUUUAAAGCAUUCUUAAUGAAGAAUAUAUUAAAAAUACAGGCCUCAAAGUAAAAACACCUCUGAUUACCGUCAUACAAAUUAGAAAACUCAUGAUCAUUGAUACUAAACUGAGUACACCUUUGAUUUCCAGUCAGCCUAAUUCUAUGAGCAUUAUUUUAAAAUUACCCGUAGACAACAGAAUUUUCUCAGAUUUGGACCCCUGGGUCUACAUCAUGGGUCCACACGUAAAAUAAAUGCCAGAACAAAUAAAAAUUCUGAUUGUAAGACUUCACAAACAUUUGAAAGCCAACUAAAUAUCAGUCAAAACACAGUUGCAGCAGUAAUCAGGAGGUCUUGAAUGAGCCACAGUACCACUCAUCACAGCUGCAGUGACCAUCCUAUGACUAUUAUGAUGUCCUCUAGCCUCCGUCAUAUAGGUCAGAUCCCCAAGGAAUAGUAUUUUCUUUGUAAGUUCAUCCAGAUUGAAAAAAAAAUGUUGAAACCACUAGACUAUUACAGUAAAAACCAACAAAAUGCUUCAGUAUCACAUAAACAACAUCAAAUCUGAGAGCUAAUUUCACCGCUUGUUGUUUUCCUUCAUGGGAGUAAUUAACAAAUGUUUCAAUUUACCAGUUAGCGACAAAAAUCCCAAUAAACACGUUUAAACAGUUUUUUUUUCUUCACAAAGACACUUCACAAGUGUCUGAAGCAAAAUCAAAUUCACCUUCUGUGAUAUUAUCAGUCGCAGGUCAGAAGAGUCCCAACAUGGCAGCUACGUGUGUGCAGCGUCACUAGAUAGUCUUGAACUUGUACGUACAAAAGCAGUCCAGACAUCACAAUAGUAGCAUCCCACUGUUCAUCUGCAGUACCUCUAUUCACAUGUAACACAUGACGCUGAACCUACCACAAUAAUUGUGACUAUAAACCUCUAUAAAAAUGGAUUCCUGUGGGCAGACUUGCCUUGCUGCAGUGCCCAUGUGUUUCAGCUCGGUGUGGGGCUUCUGUUCCAUACAGUGUUAACAGCUGACUUUAACUCCAGUUUUUUGAAGUUGCCUUAGUAAACAGUGCAUGAUAUACAUAUAUUUUCUUUUGCUUGUGAAGAAUCUAUAUUUGAUCUAGUGUAGCCAGCGUGUUUAGGAGGCAUUUGCUUUGUGUCUGUAAAUAACUCACUAUAAGUGUAAGUAUUUCUUAGUCUCCUAUUUGCACAAACCAGAAGUGUCCUCUGAAGCCUGCUCCCUUCCCUUUGUGUCUUUCCUUACGUGGUUCCAAAAUAUCUUAUCACAACUCCAUUUAUUCAUUAUUGUUUGCCAGUUGACUGGGAACAUAUCUCCUACAGGAACUUUCUAGUAGCAAUUUGUUCUCAGUAGGAGUCACCGCUACCCAUUACGUUUUGCACAACUGUAGGGAAUAGCUUACAUGCAGUGAAAAGAAACUCUUCUGUCAAUACAUAAGAAGUGAGAAUCUUCCUUCAUAGUCCCAUGUGACUGUUUGGGUUUGAACUCAGAGGCUAUGCUUCUGCACCAGAUGAUUAAAAAAAUGAUUUGCGGACACAAAAGUGAUGGGAGCUCGUGGCUAAGCGACACUCUCCUCACUCCUCAAUCUGCCCUGAUGCUGUCUUCUCCCUCCUCAUCUAGUGCUGCUGCAAUCCAGAAGAAAAGUAAACUCUUGACAGGGGUUGAGGUCACAUUAAUGAAGGUGUGAGUGAAAUUGUUUAUCGAAUUAAUGGUGCAAUACAAAAGUCACUAAGAGUCUUAGUGGUAAUACUGUAGUGGCUUUUCUUUUGUCGUAGUCUUCUUCCAACUGUGCUGCACUUUAGGAUCAGCCGAUGUACUUGUUUCUCGAUUUUGAUUGAUUAAGAAGAUAGAUGGUGGACUGGACUUAAAAUGUUACCCUUGGUACAUCUGUGAUGAUUCAACUUGCUGUAGCUCUGUGAAGAUGCCUCCUCAGUUCUGUCUGACUGAUGGAGAGAUUCCCAAACAACACUUUGUAUGUUAGUUCACACAUUGAGAGUCUUUAAGAUCACAUGAGGAUCUCCUCAGGCCAAGACAGGACAGUCUUCCUACAGCUAAAGACUGAGGUGAACUUAUCUGCAGCCAUUCCAUUCUCUCUACCAGCUUUUCCACCAGAGGAACUGUGCCUAAAUUUCCGGCAACAGUUUUACACUCCAAACUGUCCCUCUCUGGGUGGUAGUACGUUCUGAAGGACCUUCAACAUUCUUUGAAGCAAUAUUAUAAACCUGUAAGUGUAAGCAUUUAGUUUUCCCUUUAGUUUGUGUUGGAAAUACUGAGUACAGAGCAACACAAGACAUUUGAGAGCAGAGUCCAGGCUUUCUUGUCCAUUUAUGCAGAUGACAGCAUAUAGAGGGAAAUUUGACAGUUUUGUUCUUUAGAUAAACUAGUGUCACUAAUAUAUUUGUGCUGAGGGAAUAUUUAGCCAAAGAGUUUUCUCAGCUGUAGUCAUCAUAGCAUUAAAGUCCAGUGCUGGUGGGGAAAAAAAAAACAUUUCAAGAAGACAAGAGAUCAUCUGAGUGAAAACAGAAGAACUAGGACUCCAUUAAAGGCUGGGUUACACUGAAACAAAACGACUCCCUAUAAACUGUUGUCUAUCAAAAACCCAAAGUGGUUAUAGUUGCCCCAGUGGCCACAAUCAAAUGUGUCAUGACAAACCUAACAUCAUAGAAGAACCAAGAAAGAGGGAUGUUGAUGUCAUUUUUAGGCACUUUUUCUUCUUUAGUACUCUUUGUGCUGUUGUACCCAUAACUAAAACACAGAUCACUUUCUAAAUAAUCAACAGGAAACUUCACUGAUGAGUUCAAAUCUAGCCUGCUCUCUCACUCUUUACACCUGGACAAUUUACUGGAUAAUGUGGAUGUGCUUGUCAGAUUGUUUGUUUUAGAAAACUUUGGAAAAGUGGCGGACGUUGAACCCUCAAAACCGACAUAGUAAAAGUGUGGGGAGAUUCAAUUUGCCGCUUGACUCUCUAUAAAUCUAUAAAUUGCUGGUUUCCUUUAAAACAAGAUCCUGGCACCACAGUUUACAAUAAGAUCCAUCAGUGUCUUAAUACAAUUGAUUACACAUCCACAAUUAGCCUGCAUGCAAGAUGCAAAUCUGAAUAUUUCAACUAAAGCUUCACAGAACUAGUAGGCACAAUCCUUAGUUAAAUUCAUCCACACAAAGAUCAGCUUUUGUCUUCUCAGGUUAGCUUUAUUGACUCUUUGCUGCAUGAAACAUGUUAUGGGCCCAACACCUCUGCCAUAUGGUGUUAGGCUGCAUUAGACCUUUGCAUCGUAUGCGCAAAACAGGAGACAUUCAUUAAUUUAACUGAAUGAGAAUCAACGGAAAGCACCGUGGCCUCAAUUUCAACCUUUCCUAACUUUUGCAAUGUCAUCUAGCGAGCAAAGCUCUUCAUAUCUGCUGCUCCACUGGUCACCACAACUUCUCAGAGUUUCAUAGCAUUAUAAUCAUCUGUUUUUGAAACCUGUCAAACUAGCAGUCAAUGUAAAUGCCCCAAUGAUCCACAAGGAACCUUUGCAACUCUCAAUAAAUGAACAACACAACGAAGAUUUGGAUUGAAGUUGGGACUUCCUGUCAGUCAGUCAGGGCUGUAUAAGUUUGGACGAGUCUGGAAAUGGGUUCAAUGAAUCUAUAACCAGUCUAGCUGCCUUCUGCGUAGCUUGAAUGGAUGACUCGAUCCACAGACUUACUGGUCAUGAGAUCCAAUAAAAGUGAGGCUGUUCGUUGAAGAUGGAGGUAGAGAAGCUGUAAUCAGAAAGCCGGGUGUCAAGUGCCUUUAAGCCAAGCACUGAACCCCUAAACGACACCAUCAGGGGAUUUCUGCUUGUGUACGUGUGAAGAGACAGAUGCCAGUGACAGUAAAUGAAUAGCCGGUGAAAGUUUUUCUACCUCUGCGAGUGGAGAAUAAUGUUGUGACCAUCCAGACUUCUGUUUAGCUGUCAGCGAGUGAGAGCUCAGAGGUGAGGAAAGAAAUUCAGGGCAAACCUGCAGGUACUUCAGAGGGAUGUAUAGCUGUGGAUGUUACACUUCCAACCUUCCCUUCACCCCUCCCUCAGUGGCAGAAGUAUUACUGUGUGUUUAGUUGUGGUACAUGAAGCUAUUUUAAAUACUGUAAUGAAAAAGAAAUAAUAUAUAUGUAUUUUAACAGAUGUUUUCAUCUUUUUCAGUGAGUUUUACGCUGUUAAAAAGACAUAAAACAAACGAUAGAGCACUGUAUUUAAAGUUAAAACAAAGAAAAAGAACUGCAGAUGAUGUCUAAAUGUUUUAUAAAAGAUAAGUUUAGAUUUUGUAUGAGAUGUGAUAUUUUGUGUGAUUUGUCUACACUGUUAUAAGAUGAGAAAUUGAAUGUACUGUGACUGCCAACGAUCAUCAAAUUGAUUGAAUAAUUAAUCAAAUAAUGAAUAAAUAAAGUAUUGAAAUUCUG